AAUGUAGCAUAGCGUCGUAGCUAACUGGGCAGUCUCUUUGGAAUGGGUGGGCUUAGCUGUUUAUAUAACUUAGGCUAACUUUUACUCGGAACAUCUUCAGCAUCCACGACACACUUAUUGUCUGAAGAGUAUCGACAAUUUAGAAAAAAAAAAUCCGCAAAUGAAGACUGAAACGCUAACGUUUGUGCUUGGACUUUUGUGCUUGAGCGUGUUUUCCCCGCUGCACUGUGAGCCAGAGGGACCAGUUCCUGAGGGAAAGCUCCUUGUAUUAACUGUAGCUACAAAAGAAACAGAUGGAUUUAAGCGGUUCAUGAGAUCUGCACGGCACUUUAAUUACACAAUUAAGGUUCUUGGGAGGGGUGAGAAAUGGACCGGUGGGGACUACAUGUCUGCACCGGGAGGAGGACAGAAAGUGCGACUUUUGAAGUCUGCCCUGGAUAGCAUAAAGGAGGAGGACAAAAUCAUCCUCUUUGUAGACAGCUAUGAUGUGAUCUUCUCCUCGGGCCCAAAAGAGCUGCUGAAGAAGUUCCAGCAAGCCAGGCACAAGGUGGUCUUCUCUGCCGAGACCCUCAUCUGGCCGGACCGCCAUCUGGAGGACAAGCACCCACAUGUCAGAGAAGGGAAGAGGUUUCUCGGAGCAGGAGGCUUCAUCGGCUAUGCCCAAAACCUUAAACAGAUGGUCUCUGAUUGGUCAGGGAAAGAUGACGACAGUGACCAGCUCUUUUAUACCAAGAUAUACAUCAACCCUGAGAAGCGGAAAUCUGUAAAUAUAACUCUUGACAGCAAGUGCAGAUUGUUCCAGAACCUACACGGAGCUCUAGAUGAAGUGGUACUAAAGUUUGAGAACAAAAGAGUGCGGGCCAGAAAUGUGCUCUAUGACACCCUACCUGUUAUUAUCCAUGGAAAUGGGCCUACAAAGCUUCAGAUAAAUUACCUCGGAAACUACAUCCCAAAAGUGUGGACCUUCGAGACUGGCUGUACAGUUUGCCAUGAGGAUUUGCGGUCUCUCUCAGGACUCAAGGAGAGCGAGUAUCCAGGAGUGGUCAUUGGCAUCUUUAUUCAGCAGCCCACUCCCUUCCUAACUGUCUUCUUUGAGCGCCUUCUCAGUCUCCAGUACCCCAAAAAUCGCCUUAAACUCUUCAUUUACAACCAGGAGCCCCAUCAUGACCAGCACAUCCACGCUUUUCUACAGAAUCAUGAGACAGAGUAUGAGGCUGUGAAGCUCAUUGGACCCGAUGAGGAUGUUGGCCACAUUACCUCACGCAAUAUAGGCUUCGAUAUGUGUCGAGACGACACUGACUGCGAGUACUUCUUCAGUUUGGAUGCAGAUGUGGUUUUGAGAAAUGACGACAUACUUAAGAUAUUAAUUGAGCUAAAUAAGCCAUUCGUAACACCAAUGAUGAGCAAGCCUGGCCGGCUGUGGUCUAAUUUCUGGGGAGCUCUUAGUGCUGAUGGCUACUACGCCAGGUCUGAGGAUUAUGUGGACAUCGUUCAGAGACGCAGAGUGGGUAUCUGGAACGUUCCAUAUGUAUCUCAGGUGUACCUGGUGAGAGCGGACAUUCUGAGGAACGAACUGAAGGCUCCUGAUCUCUUCCAGUCGGCAACCCUUGACCCAGAUAUGGCCUUCUGCUCCAGAGUGCGGGACCAGGGAGUCUUCAUGUUUGUAACAAAUAUGCAUACUUAUGGCCGAAUCCUGAAUACAGAAAACUACCAGAUGGAUCACCUUCACAACGAUCUCUGGCAGAUCUUUGAAAACCCUGUGGACUGGGAAGAGCGAUACAUUCAUCCAAAUUACUCAAGAAUUCUGAAAGACAAUAUAGUGGAAACGCCAUGCCCUGAUGUAUACUGGUUUCCUGUUUUCACCAAAGUGGCUUGCGAACAACUUAUAGAAGAAAUGGAAAAUUUCGGCCAGUGGUCAGGAGGUGGCAAUGUGGACAAACGGAUCCAGGGUGGCUACGAGAACGUCCCCACUAUUGAUAUUCACAUGAAUCAGAUCAACUUUGAAAAAGAGUGGCACAAGUUCCUCUUAGAAUAUAUUGCACCAGUAACAGAGAAAAUGUUUCCUGGGUAUUACACAAAGUGUACCUCCUACCUGAACUUUGUAGUGAGGUAUAAGCCUGACGAGCAGCCCCUGCUCACCCCUCAUCAUGAUGCAUCCACUUUUACUAUUAACAUAGCUCUCAACAGCAAAGACAUUGAUUAUCAGGGCGGUGGCUGCCGGUUCCUCAGGUAUGACUGCUCCGUAAAAGCUCCAAGGAAAGGCUGGGCCCUUAUGCAUCCUGGCCGUUUAACACACUAUCACGAAGGCCUGCCCACCACGGCGGGUGUCAGAUACAUCGUUGUCUCAUUUGUGGACCCUUAGGCCUAAAAUCUUUAAAGGAAAUCCGUGUUACAGUCACUUUCUUUAGUCCAAGAUGUCCAGUGUGAGAGCUGAGACAGGACUGUCAGAGAGACAAUCAAUUUAACAGUGCAUUGAAAAUCAUUAAGACUCUGCCUUUCAUUGCCCUGUAAAGGUUAUAAGGCCAACCCUUGAAGACAGUGUGCUUUGAAUGCAGAGGCCUGUACUUCCUUUUUUUUAAUUUAUUGAUCAAUUUUUAUAGCAGUCGCAUCAUUCAUCUGGUAAGUUUUUUUUUUAGUGAGUUUGCCUUGGAUAACUGAAUUAUACACUUUUCUACUUGAUAACGUUCCUCAGGCAAACAGUGCUACUGUUUAGAAAUGGCUAAUGUAUAUUUUGUUUCCUCACUCCUCUUUUAAAUCAUCUUUCUCAUUUUUUUGUUUUUGUAUUGACACUUCAAUAAAAGUGACUGUUUAUUAUUUGGUUA